UUUUACAUAUAUUCAUAUAUGUAACCACAGGAGAAGUUUGUAUUCAUACACGUAAUCAAGCACAUAUAUGAUCGUAAUCCUAUUCAGGACCAAGAAGUCCGAUGUGAGGCGCUGAGAGCUCGGUGUAAGGAAUCUGCUAUAAUGCCAUCGCCUGUGGAUGUUAUCGUGGUUGGAGCUGGUAACAGAGGAGAAAAUUAUUCAGACUAUGCUGUGAUUUAUCCUGACCGCAUGCGGGUAGUAGGAAUUGCUGACCCCAGAGAUUUUGCUCGAAAGAAGCUUCAGGCACAUCACAAAGUAGCUGAUCUCAACACUUUUAAUGAUUGGCGUUCUAUAGUAGAGAGAGAGAAAUUUGCAGAUGCUGUAUUGAUCUGCACUCCCGAUCGUCUUCACAAGGACCCUGCUGUGGCUUUAGCUAAGAAAGGCUACCAUGUAUUGCUGGAGAAACCAAUGGCUGUUACAGAGGAGGACUGCACAGAGAUUGUAGAGACUUGCAUUCAGAGUGGUGUCAUGCUCACUGUGUGCCAUGUUCUCCGAUACGACCCUGUGAUCCACAAAAUAAAACUGCUGAUUGACAGCGGAGUGAUUGGAGAUGUCAUCCACAUUCAACAUUUUGAACCGGUGGGGUUCUAUCAUUUUGCUCACUCCUUUGUCAGAGGGAACUGGAGAAACGAGGCAGAAAGCUCUUUUGCUCUGUUAGCCAAAUCCUGUCAUGAUUUGGAUCUGAUUCAUCAUUGGGCUGGCGGACGAAGGUGUUUAAAAGUUUCAUCAUUUGGGUCGCUUAGCCACUUCACAAAAGAGAAUAAGCCAGCAAAGGCUGCAAAUCGCUGUUUAGACUGUCCUGUAGAGGGGGAUUGUGCGUACUCUGCUAAGAAAAUCUACCUGGAUCGAGUGAAAAGAGGGAAUGAUGGCUGGCCGGUUUCAGUAAUUUGUCGCAACUCGGUUCCUGAUAUUGAAUCUGUGACUGAAGCCCUCAGAACAGGACCUUAUGGACGCUGUGUCUACGAUUGUGACAAUGAUGUGUGCUCAAACCAGGUAGUGACCAUGGAGUUUGAAGGAGGCUUGACUGCCGCAUUCACCAUGGUAGCAUUUACAGAGGAAAUAUGUAAACGCAGAACAUCUAUCCAUGGUAGUAAGGGGGAACUGUCCUAUGAUGGACAUGAGAUCAAAGUGUUCGACUUCCUCACUAACAGAAGCACAAAGCACACCGCAGACACGAGAGUUCCAGGUAACUUUGGUAAAGGAGGUCACGGCUCUGCGGAUUAUCACCUGAUUGAGUCCUUCAUUGCAGCUGUGAUGAAUAAGGACCCAACUCUGAUUAGGUCAGGUCCUAAGGAGACAUUAGCAAGUCAUAAACUUGUGUUUGCGGCUGAACGUGCCCGUUUGGAAAACAGAGUUAUGAUUUGCGGGAACCCAUGUGAUGGCGAGAGCUCAUAAAAAUGUAUAUGAGAGAACCAAAUCUGCACAUUGACGACUUCUU